UGAGAAGUGGCUGGUUUGUUUUCUUUAUCCCCGAGGGCUGACUUUUCUCAUUGUCUGUGCUUUGUGCUGGGACUGGGACAUGUCUAGGAGGAAAAGUAGACUGUGUGCACAAGUUGGCGAGUGUCUGUGCUAGGCUGGGGGAGGGUGAUGGCGGCGGAUGGAGGAGAUCCCAAGUGCCAGGUGGCAAGAGAUGAAGAGGGCAGAGUGAGGAGGAAGAAGAAACGGAGGAAAAGUAAGAAGGAAAACAAGGUGAGAUCGGUCCGCUCCAACCUGCUCUAUGAGAGCUCCGGCAAGGCGGCCGCCGACAACCCCAACCGGCAGUACGCCGUCAACUCCAUCAAGACCACCAAGUACACGGCGCUCUCCUUUCUGCCCAAGAACCUGUUCGAGCAGUUCCAUCGUCUGGCCAAUGUCUACUUCGUGUUCAUCGCCCUGCUCAACUUCGUGCCCGCCGUCAAUGCCUUCAAGCCCGAGCUGGCGCUGGCCCCUGUGCUCUUCAUCCUGGCUGUCACCGCCAUCAAAGAUCUCUGGGAGGAUUAUCGCCGCUACCGAUCGGACAAGGAGAUCAACCACAUGGACUGUCUGGUGUACAGCAGGAGUGAGCGGAAGUAUGUGGAAAGAUACUGGAAAGAAGUACAAGUUGGUGACUUUAUCCAGCUACGCUGCAAUGAGAUCAUUCCUGCUGAUGUACUGCUGCUCUCCUCCAGUGAUCCAGAUGGUCUCUGUCACAUAGAAACUGCCAAUUUGGAUGGUGAAACCAAUUUGAAACAAAGACAAGUAGUGAAGAAAUUCUCUGAGCUGGAAUCGGAAUUUGAUCCAUUGAAAUUUAGAAGUGUCAUUGAAUGUGAGAAGCCAAAUAAUGAUUUGGGCAGGUUCCGUGGUUACAUGGUUCAUAAAAAUGCAAAGAAAUCGGGUCUUCACAAGGAGAACCUCUUGUUACGUGGCUGCACUCUGAGGAACACAGAGGUUGUCUCUGGCAUCGUUGUCUAUGCAGGUCAUGAAACCAAAGCUUUAUUGAACAACAGCGGACCUCGCUAUAAACGUAGUAAACUUGAGAGACAAAUGAACACAGAUGUUUUUUGGUGUGUGCUAAUUCUCCUAAUUAUGUGCCUGCUUUCUGCUGUAGGUCAUGCACUAUGGGUAUGGCAGUAUGGAGAGAAGAGACCAGUGUUUGAUGUCCUGGGAACUGAUGGAAAUUACGUGAAGCCCCUGCUUUCUGCAUUGUAUUUAUUUUUCACUAUGAUCAUUGUUUUACAGGUUCUUAUUCCAGUGUCCCUCUAUGUUUCCAUUGAAAUUGUUAAAAUCUGCCAAGUUUAUUUUAUUCAUCAAGACAAGGACCUGUACGAUGAAGAAACAGACUCUCGGCUACAGUGCCGUGCCCUGAAUAUCACUGAAGACUUAGGUCAGAUACAGUAUAUAUUUUCCGACAAAACUGGAACACUAACAGAGAAUAAAAUGGUCUUCAGACGCUGCACAGUCUCUGGAAUAGAGUAUUCUCACGAUGCCAAUGCAAAACGCUUAGCAGCCUAUCAGGAGGUAGAGUCGGAAGAAGAAGAUAAUGGACCAAAAACGGCAACACUUCCCAGGAGGGACAGCUGUGGCAGCCAUCACAGUGUAAAAGCAGUUCACAGGAGUCAGAGUACCAAGACCCACAGACGGACUGGCAGCAGAGCAGAAGCUAUGAAGGCCAGUAUCCUUUCAAAGCACACGGCCUUCAGCAGUCCCAUGGAAAAAGAUAUCACUCCUGACCCAAAGCUUCUAGAAAAAGUCAGUGAUUGCACUAAAGCUUUGAAGAUUGUGAGAAACCAAGAAGAUCUCCUCUCCAGGGUCACUCCAGAACUUAUGGACGUGUUUGACUUUUUUGUUGCUUUGACAAUUUGCAAUACUGUUGUUGUAACUUCUCCGAAUCAGCCUAGACAAAAGGUUCGAGUCCGUUAUGAGCUGAAAUCGCCUGUUAAGACUAUCGAGGACUUUAUCCGUAGGUUUACUCCAAGCCGGCUAACUACGGGAUCAAAUAGUAGCAGUUCAUCAAGUCUAGCUACGAGCAAAUCUAUGCAGAGAAUUGGAUCCAGUAUUUUGUCCUCUAACUCAGUUGAAGGCAAUUUUACAAAGUUAGAAGGAAAAAUCUCUGGCUCUCCACAAACUACUGUUGGUGGUCAGGACUCUCAGCAAGAAACCAGUGUCAAAGGAGAUGGACAGGAGGGAGAGUUGCGCUAUGAAGCAGAGAGCCCUGAUGAAGCUGCUCUUGUAUAUGCUGCCAGAGCAUAUAGCUUUUCUCUUGUUGGUAGACUGUCUGACCAAGUAACCGUGGAACUACCACAUUUGGGGAGUCUAAGCUUUGAACUUUUGCACACCCUGGGAUUUGACUCCACCAGGAAACGGAUGUCUGUUGUUGUCAGGCAUCCACUUACAGAUGAAAUUGUUGUUUACACUAAAGGAGCAGACUCGGUUGUUCUGGAUCUUGUCCAGGAAUGUCCUAAAGACAAUUCUGUGGGAAAGUACCAAAGAAGAAUUCAAACCAAAACUCAGAAUUACUUGAACUGUUAUGCAGUUGAUGGAUUGAGAACUUUGUGUAUAGCUAAACGAGUUCUCAGUAAAGAAGAGUAUUCUUGUUGGCUGAAAUUUCAUUUACAAGCAGAAUCCUCAUUAGAAAACCGUGAAGAGCUACUGUUCCAAUCUGCAGUUCGUCUGGAGACCAAUCUACAUUUGCUGGGUGCUACAGGUAUAGAAGACCGCUUACAGGAAGGUGUUCCAGAGACGAUUACUAAGCUGCGCAAAGCUGGAAUGCAAAUCUGGGUUCUGACUGGAGACAAGCAGGAAACAGCUGUAAAUAUUGGAUAUUCCUGCAAGCUUCUGGAUCAUGAUGAUGACAUCAUCACAAUAAAUGCAGAAUCUAUGGAAGCCUGUGCUGCUUUGCUCAAACAGUGUUUGCACUAUGUGGAGUCCAAGAUUUCUAAUGACUCAACAAAACAAGCUGCUGGGAAAGUAGAGUUUGCUUCCAUUCAUAAUAAACACCAAUGGUCUUCACUAACGAAACAGAAUCUUGGACUAGUGAUUGAUGGGAAAACACUAGCCUUUGCACUAGAUAUAACCCAGGCAGAUACAUUUAUUUCGCUUGCUCGGCAAUGUCGCUCUGUGCUCUGCUGUCGCUCUACACCCCUUCAGAAGAGUAUGGUGGUGAAACUUGUUCGAGAUAAACUCAAAGCUAUGACACUAGCAGUAGGAGAUGGGACCAAUGAUGUUAGCAUGAUUCAGGUGGCUGAUGUUGGUGUUGGAAUUUCUGGGCAGGAAGGAAUGCAGGCGGUGAUGGCCAGUGACUUUGCUAUUCCUAGAUUUCGAUUUUUGGAAAAGCUGCUUCUUGUUCAUGGUCGAUGGUGCUAUUCUCGACUGGCCAAUAUGGUUUUAUACUUCUUCUAUAAGAAUGCUAUGUUUGUGGCCCUUCUGUUUUGGUACCAGUUUUUUUGUGGCUUCUCUGGAUCAGCCAUGAUCGACCAGUGGUAUUUGAUCUUUUUUAACUUGAUGUUUUCAUCCAUUCCACAACUUGUUACCGGGAUUCUUGACAAAGACCUUCCUGCUGACAUGUUGAUUGCUGUCCCUGAGCUCUACAGGAGUGGACCAAGUAUGAAGGAGUACAAGCCACAUAUGUUUUGGCGGAACAUGAUUGAUGCUUUCUACCAAAGCCUUGUAUGCUUUUUCAUCCCAUAUUUUACUUUCUACGACUCUGAUAUUGAUUUGUUCACUUGGGGAACACCUAUAGUCACUUGUGCUCUUUUCACCAUUAUGUUGCAUUUGGGAAUUGAGACCAAAACCUGGACUUGGAUCAAUGUGUCCACGAUUGUGUUCAGCAUCCUUCUGUUUUUUUCUGUGGCUAUGAUUUACAAUUCAUCCUGUCCAACAUGCAACCCUCCAUCAAACCCCUACUGGACCAUGCAGAGACUCCUCACCAAUCCUUUGUUUUAUUUAAUUUGUAUGUUGUCACCCAUUGCUGCUUUAUUACCCAGGUUUUUGUACAAGUCCAUCCAAGGAACAAUGUUUCCAACACACGUACAGGUUGGUCGUCAAGUGCUAAAAGCUCAUCCAGAAUGCCUCACUCGUAUUGUAAACAGGUUACAUUCCCACAGUGCACCUGUGCCAGAAAAACAAAUCAGUACUACCAUAUCAACGGUUAGUGAUUUUCAUCUUGGAAGAAACCAAGCAGAAACCAUUGUGGACCAAGAGAAAGAGACUCAAAUGCUAUGCUUUGCUAAUCCAGUUAAAGGAUCACCUGAAAAAGCAUACUAUACCAGUCCAGAUCCUUCUUUUUCUGUUAAGAUAAAAGACCAAGUGGGGGCAAGUGCCAAUUCUUACCCCCGUGACACUUCUAUGGAAGCCUUGUGUGUAGAUGAGAUGUUGCAGUGGGAUCCAAGGAAGGAUCAGUAUGACAUUGGAUUGGUAAACUGGAUUACAUCCACUCCUUUGUUUAAGGAUUCUGGAAGGCCAAAGCAGCUCUCUCUUAGUGUUCAGGACACAUCCAAAGACUCUUCCAUAGUGCCGUCAGAUCUAAGUAUUCCCAAAGACUCCAACCAAAGCUCAAGCAGCAUUUUACCAGAGAUGGUAAUUAGGACCACGGGCAACGGGGAUAUGCAAGAAACAACUUUUUUAUAAAUUUAUAUAUAUCUUAAAAAGACUCUAUUUAUAUUUUCUAUUUGCACAGUUACAUUUUAGUUAAAUUACUGUUUCAGUAUAUGAAGCAGGAAGUUGGCGGUACAGGAUUGGGGUUUUUUUUUUUCGGUUUUAUGUAAAUAUGUUGUUUUUUUCAAAGCUUUAGAAGAAGAAAAAAGUAUAUAAGCAGAGGGAUUUUUAACUUUUUUCUUUUUUUUUACAGGUUAACUGGCUUUACCAAAUUCUGAAAUAUAUAAGAGAGAGUUUAUUUGUAGAGAUAAAGUUUUUAUAUUUUAUGUAACAUUGUAUACCAUGGUGCCUUUCUUCUGUAAGAAGAUAUUCUCAGCUUCACUGACUGCCCGGGCCUGGGUCAUAUUCUAAAAUUUACUAUGAUGUAUGCUGGAUUUCUUUUUUGUUUUUUUUUCUAACAGCAUAGGUUUAGGAAAUGGAAACGGAACAUUUUAAU